AGGCUCUCUGCAAGUACGUACUGUCCCGUCGGGUUUGGGGGCCCGAGGCAUGAUGUGUCAUUUAUUUUGAAAACUAAUUUGACAGUUUUACGUGACCAACAAACAUUUCAGCAACAGUACCGUCCAUUUCUUUCUUUCCAAAAAAAGGACAAUCAGAUGCGAGAGCCCAACAUUUUAGAUAGGCUUUCUCAGUUUCCCCAUCUUAGCGGGUGAGCUGAACAUGGCGGCCUCAUCUGUCUCUGCUACUCUUCUGUCCUACUUCCCCCACCGAUGCGAAGCUGAACCUCCUAACCGAAGCGGGCGUAAAUUUAAACGACUGCUAACGAACAUCCGAAGACGAAAAGACAACCACCCAAAGCUCAAGUCCGGUGAAUUCCUGCCGCCAAUACCGCUCUCCAUCUCCGCUGGUGACACAGCUACGACCUACACUCAACUGCCUCCUAAAAAUGACUUUUUGGUCACAAAUCUCCAUAAUUUGGAGGAAAUUAAGCUCACCGACUUCAUCGCUCCUUUCAAAGAGGAAGAACUCCAUUCUGAGAUGGAGUCACACGAUGCUGAGUUAUCAGAUAUUCAGAAAAGUGAAGAGAACUUAGGAUUUGAUUAUGGUAGAUUUGAGCUGUAUGAAGCUGAUUCUGAAAAUGAAGUUGAUGAAAAAGACUAUGAGGAUGAUGUUGAUGACGCUGUGGAUACCAUUUUUGAAGGAGAGGGGAAUGAAUUGAAGGAGAAAGAAAAGGGAGUACCUGCCGUGAUGAGGUGUUUUGAUAGGGCGAAGAUAUACGUGAAAGCAGGGAAUGGAGGUAAUGGUGUGGUGGCAUUUCGCAGAGAGAAGUUUGUGCCAUUGGGAGGACCGGCAGGUGGGGAUGGAGGGAGGGGAGGAAAUGUGUAUGUGGAGGUAGAUGGUUCAAUGAAUUCGCUGCUGCCUUUUAGGCAGAGAGUACAUUUUAGAGCUGGGAGGGGAGGCCAUGGCCAGGGAAGGAAGCAGUUUGGUGCCAAGGGUGAGGAUGUUGUGGUGAAAGUGCCACCAGGGACGGUCGUUAGGGAUGCAGGUAAUGGUGAGGAGCAAGGAAAUGUGCUUCUUGAGUUGCUGCAUCCAGGUCAGAAGGCAUUGUUGCUACCAGGAGGGAGAGGUGGGAGAGGGAAUGCAUCUUUUAAAACAGGGACAAAUAAGGUGCCCAGGAUAGCAGAGAAUGGAGAAGAAGGUCAAGAUAUGUGGUUGGAAUUGGAGCUUAAGUUGGUUGCAGAUGUUGGAAUAAUUGGCGCUCCCAAUGCAGGGAAAAGUACGUUUCUCAGUGUCAUUAGCGCUGCUCAGCCUACUAUUGCAAAUUACCCAUUCACCACUUUGCUCCCGAAUUUGGGAGUGGUUUCAUUUGAUUAUGAUUCUACAAUGGUUGUAGCCGAUUUGCCUGGUUUACUUGAAGGGGCACAUCGAGGUUUUGGUUUGGGUCACGAAUUUCUUAGGCACUCUGAAAGAUGUUCCGUUCUGGUGCAUGUUGUUGAUGGGUCAUCUCAGCAGCCUGAAUAUGAGUUCGAAGCAGUACGCCUUGAGCUAGAAAUGUUUAGCCCUGAACUUGCUCAGAAGCCUUGUGUAGUCGUUUACAACAAAAUGGAUCUUCCAGAAGCAUCUGAAAAUUGGCUAUCCUUCAGGGACAGCCUAAAGAGCCGUGGCAUUGAACCUUUUUCCAUGAGUGCAGUGAAGAAAGAGGGUACACAUGAAGUGAUAUGUGCUGCAUAUGAGCUUGUUCUUAGGAGAAAGACAGCUGAUAUAGAAGAGGCAGAAGGUCCUGAAAAUUUGAACUAUGUGGCUGAUUUAAUGAAAAAGCAGAAAAAUGCCCCAAUAAGUGAAUUUAAGAUAUCACAUGAUGGUGCUUUCAAUACAUGGCAUGUUGUUGGAUCAGGCCUGCAGCGUUUUGUCCAAAUGACAAACUGGAGUUAUAUCGAUUCUGAGAGAAGAUUUCAACAUGUUCUGGAGGCUUGUGGUGUGAAUAAAUCUCUCAUUAAACUUGGGGUAAAGGAGGGUGACACUGUUGUUGUUGGAAAUAUGGAGAUGGUGUGGAAUGAUGGCCCAAGCAGAUCAGGUCCUUCAAGUAAGAAGUGGGUAAAUGAACGAAUUCAAUGAUCUCAAUAGACAUACUUCAUUUUCCCAACAUUACAGUUGGAGUAGUUCAUAUGAAGGUGUAAGUUGUCACAGACACACAAAUAUGCCUAGGUGGGUAAAUAACUAAACAAGUCAUGUGAGUGUACUAUGUCUAUGACCACAAUGUUGUUUGAUACUACCCGGCUCUGUUCGGUGGAUAUCGGACUACUGUGUCAAAUGUUGUAUUAUUUAGAAUUUGUUAUGUUUGUAUGUAAUCUGUGAUCUGAUUAAUAUUGUUGGGAUCUUACAUUAUACUUCAUGCUGUUUCAUAAUUGCAACCUUUUUCUAUUUUGUCAGUUCCAUAACAAUUGCAACACUACUUUGUUAGCCGACUUGUGCUA